AACUGUAGAAAAUGGUAGGAUUGUGCGCUUACCAGAUGCGCAUCGAAUAUGCGCAAAUAAAGAAAUUCCUCCUCAGGGACUAAUGCAGGGGCGGACUGACAACUCAUGGGGCCCCUCGGGCAAUAGGGGAUCAUGGGGCCCCUGUGUCCUUGCCCAAACUCAAAAAAGCCUAUUAAAAAGGUACCAGGGGCAUCUCAUGGGGCCCCGUACUGACCCCGGGCCCUCGGGGCAGUGUCCGAGUUUCCAAAUGGUCAGUCCGUCCCUGGUCUUGAGUUGCUGUCAUGUGAUUGGCUGGUUAGCAAGUUGCGUUACCAAGCAAUUG